GCAAUUCAGUGUAUUAAUUUAGAAUUAUUUAAAGAUCAAUUGAAAAUGGUUUCAUUUGUAAGCGCGUUUUUAUUUUCGCUGGUGGCGAUCAGUACACUAAAUUGGGUUCAGUGCGAACCAAAAAAGUUUGCAAAAGAAGUUAAAGAUAUCUAUGAGUUUGCUGCAUUACAUUCCUCGUCCGUUCAGCCAUAUUUCACUGUUAAUCGUACAUUAGAAUCAUCUGAAAUCAAUGCUGAAAAUGCUGUAAAAAUAUGGAUGUUGUGUAGGCAUGGAUCGCGAACAGCUGAUGAUCACGAAGUAGAAGAAUUCAAAUCAUUUGAACACGGUUUGCGUGCACAAAUUAUCAGCAAUCUUGAAAAUGUGGCACAAUGUCCACUUUCCAAAGAGAACUGGAAAAAUCUGAAGAAAUGGAAAUGGAAUACAGCAUUUGAAGGAGAUCGUGCAAUAACUGAAAGUGGUAGAACCGAGGUUAAGAAGAUAGGGGAGAAUAUGAAGGCAAGAUUUCCAAAAGUGUUCAAAGGUCCAUUUAAUAAGAAAAAAAUUAAUGUGGUUGCUACAGACGAACCACGUAUCAUAAGCAGUGCUGCUACAUUCAUCGAAGCCAUAGUUGGCAAUGAAGGGCAUGACAAUGUUUUAUCAGUGGCAAAUGAAGAAGAAACACAAAUGAUAAAGGCUUAUGACUUUCCACCAUAUAGGGUACUAUUCCGAACAACCGAUAAUCCAAAAUAUUGGAAACUUUGGGACUCGGAUAUAUUCAAAAAAAUGGUUGAAGGUGUCAACAAUCGACUGCUUUUUAAUGACAGAAAUUUCACCAUCAGAAGAGACCGCGUAUUGAAAAUGUACCAUUUAUGUCAAUUCGAAGGCAUAUGGAUGCCGGGAGGAAAAAGUGUUUGCGUAUGGUUUUCAAAGGAUGUUGAAAUCCUCGAAGAAUAUAAUAUACCACGACAUCCAACGACAUCUGAUUGGAGGGAUUAUGCACCGAUUGUUUGUUAA